AUGUCUCUCAUGUAGAUAAAUUGGCCCCUCCCAUACUUGCAUUGUGACACAACGAAUCUUCACGGCAUAAAUGCUGAUACUGCUCUCUCUAUUUGCUCUCGUGGCUGCGGACACGUAUGUGUGGCAGCAAUCAUCCAACUGGGGUAACCCACAAAACUGGCAGCAAGAAAGGAUGCCCUGUGCAGCAGAAACAGCCAUACUAUCUGCUCAUCGCACAUCCACAAGAGUUUCCAAAACAAGAAAGUUUGAAGUCACACUAGAUGUUAAUCAAACUCUGAAGAGCCUGCGGCUAGCUCCAGGAGGUCGUAUGAGGCUACAACUUGGCACUCAUCUAAAGCUGUCUCCCAAGACAUCAUGCAAAGAAGAUGGACUGCCAUCGGUCACAAAUGAUUCAAUAAAUCAUUUCAAGGGUGUUCAGUUACACCCAUGGAACUGUGUUGACAACUGGAAGAGAAAGUCUGAUGGCAAGACAGCUAGCAAAGUUCCAUGUGGCUCAGAUGUAGUCAGUUUUCCUUCGGGAAAGAGUGUUUCAUGGAUUAGACUGCAGUCAGACGUCAAAGUCAGUAAACUGGAAUGGAUGGGUAAAGCAGUUAGUGCGUUCUCAGAUAUUCCCAACUCAGGUAUCUAUUUCGUCAAAACAAAAUCAUCUGCAGGUCUGACUGUUGAUCCACGUUGUCUCCUCAGCCAGCCAUCUCUCUGUCAUUGCUACCAAAGCAACUGCUCCAUUUAUCCCACACCACCAGCGCCAGUAGAAACAACAGACAGUGUUCAUGUUCGACCAAGCACUCAGAGGCUGCAUUCCUCCACAUUUCAGGCAACACAAUCUAAACAAUCGUCAGAAACUGCAAACACCUUGAAACCAAUAUCUGUAAUUUCAGUGCCGGCACAACACACUGUCACAUGUCCCCCAAACAGCACUAGCUGCAGCAACUCAGAAGAAACACAAGACUCAAACACAGACUUUCCCACUCAGCCAAUUAUCAUUGGGAUCUCAUGUGGAGGAGCCAUAGUCAUCGUCGCUGUCAUUGUCAUCAUUUGUCUUGUCUAUCGAAAGCGCUAUUCAAAUUUACCAGUCUCAAAUAGCGAAUACACCGAAACAGCAGCAACCAAACACGAGUUGAGCAUGUCUAGUCCCACAUCCAAACAAAGCUUUACUAAUCCAGCAUUUCAAGACCAUGAUCCAACUGUGUACAAUCCCAUCUAUGCUGACACUGAUGACGUACUUGCAGACAACUCACAAAUUCAGUUAGCACUCUGCACAUUUGACAGUAUUGUGCUCGUUUUUCUCUCGCUCUACAUGUUUGUCUCAGUGGAUGCCGACACGUUUGUGUGGAGGCAUUCUUCGAACUGGGCCAAUCCUACAAACUGGAAUCAAGCCAGACUACCUUGUGCGGCUGAAACUGUCAAACUGGCGCGACCCAACACUGCAGCUAGUGUUCCAUUGGGACAGAAGUUUGAGGUGAGAGUAGACGUCAAUGUGACCCUCAAGAAGUUAGUGCUGCCUAGAGGCAGUAGCUUGAAGCUAAAUAAGAACGUCCGACUCAUUUUAUCGAAAAAAGCAGAUUGCAGAGAAGUUGGGCUACCAGCAGUGUCAGACAGUUCAAUGAAUGAAUUUAUUGGAGUGCAACCACAUAAUUGGAAUUGUGCGAACAACUGGGAAAGGCUCAGUGACAAAAUGCGUGCAGUUAGAGUUCCAUGUGAAAGUGACACUGUCCAGUUUCAAUCGGGAAAGAGCUACUCAUGGAUAACACUAAACUCAAACGUCAAAGUUGCAGGUAUUCAAUGGCAGGGAAAUCCGGUUCAUUCACUGUCCGAGAUACCAAAGUCAGGAACUUACUUCGUGAAAGCAAAGCCAUCGGCUGAUUUAACUGCUAACCCAACUUGCACAACAAGUCCAUCUGCUUGUCCUUGCCUUUCAAAUGACUGUAGUUUAUAUCCAACGUCACCUCUCCCGCCAACAGCUAAAGCUAUGAUGACGACUGCAACAGCUAAAGGUACAGGCACAACUACUAAAGCUGUAACAAAGGGACCUGCAACAAAAGAGUCAGGUUCUCAAACAUCCAGCACAACAGUUAGUGGAACAACAAAGGUAGCGCCUUCACCCUGUGCGCCAGGUGAUGACCCCUGUAUCAAAAUCAUAUCAGGGAAGGGUACUGAUACAGAAUCAAGUUCUCAUGAGAUCUGGCCUGUUAUUGUUGGAGUUCUUGUUGGCGUAGUAGGACUGCUGGUUGUAGUAGUAGUAGUACUGGUUGUUGUCAGGCGUAAACGAACUAUUGUCUAUGAAAAAGAAGAAGUUGUUGGCACCCCCAAUGCUGUAUACUCCUCUCAUUAUGAGGAUCCUAAAGUUGACUUAUCUUUUGAAAACCCUAUGUAUGCCGAGAAUAAGUCUGGACAAAUAUACGACAACGCGAUCUAUGACACUGCUGAUGCAGAAAUGUUUCAAAACGUGGCUGAGGGCUCAAGCGAAAACCUACACCAAAAAUUUGACGAAGAUGGUCUGCCAAUAUGACAACAAGUUCAAACACUCAAAUGUUGACUAGUUGCUAAUGCUCUUUAUUGUCUAUGUGUACUUGCUACUGCAUUCAGUUGUCACUAUAUGAAUGGUUAGCAAUAAUCUUUGCUUGCGUGAUCCGGCUUGCUGCAUCUCAAUAGAAAUAUGAUUAAAUGGAAUUUAUGCUGCCUUGG